AUGGACUCGUUAAAAUCAGGAUUGAAAAGCGCAGGAAAGUUUGGUUACCAAGGGACAAAAUCUCUUGCUCAUUCUGCAAAGAAGGCAUCCCAUAAGAAGCAUGACAAUAAAAGGGAUAGUGCAGAAUUUGAACGUAGAUAUGAACAUAGUCAUCCACAUCAAUCACUGUCUCCUACUUCAUCGACUUUGCCCAAUGCUGCGUCAUUUCCUCCACCCCCUUUGCAAAGGGAACAAAUGGACUCUCGGCAUUAUACUAAUACAACAAUGAAUCCACAGGCACAGAAUUAUUAUUCGAGGAGUACUAAUAUACCUCAAAUGGGAACGUCUCCACAAUCUGUGUCUCCGUCUCAAUAUUCACAAAAUAUGUACGUUAAUGAUAAUCAACAACAACUGACUAAUGGUAAUACCAAUUUUCAACCACAAGGGCAAACAUUAGGUCACCAGUAUCCAACUACAACCCCCCAACCACCCCCACAGCCAAACCGACAAUACAUUAACCAAUCUGUCUAUCCACCGCAGUCUCUUGGGCCAUCACCCCAACAACAAUAUGCACCAAAUAAUCAAUAUAUUCAACCUUAUCAACAGUCAAAUACUCAACAAUCACCUCUGCCGAUACAAAAUGGAUACACGUACAAUACACCUGUGUUAAGUAACCAGGCAAAUCCAUCACCACAAGUGUUUCAGCAACCAAUACAGCAGCAACCAAUGCAGCAACAACCAAUGCAGCAACAACCAAUGCAACAACAACCAAUGCAGCAACAACCAAUGCAGCAACAACCAAUGCAACAACAACCUCCACAGCCGUUGAAUUCGGAUGUGAAUCAACAAUUUCCUAAUAUACCACAAGCUACGCCUAAUUAUCCUCACGAAUUAACAUCGCCUCUAACGCAACAGAAUUAUCAGCCUUCUCCGAUCAAUAUCUCUAAUUUACCACCUCCACCGGUACAUAAAGAAAGGGCUUCGAAAAUAAGUACUACACAACAAUCACUGGAUUCAAUCCCACCAUCAACAAUAAAUGAUAAUACUGAAAGCAUAGAACCUACUUUAAAGGACCCAGUGCAUCUUACACCUCAAGUUAAUAGUAACGGCAUUACUAAUGACAAUGUAAAUAAUAUUCCAGUACAAGCUGCACAACCACUCCCAACCAAUACUUCUCCAUACACGGUUAGUUCUAGUGGUGCCAAUACAACAAACCUUUACCAAGAGCCAACAUCUAAUCCGAUUUCAAAUAAUAAUAGUGUAAAUUCAUAUUAUCAAGGUACAAGACCAAAUCCAAUUAUGAGAAAUAGUGCUAUGAAUGGUGAUUAUACAGUAACUCAGUCUAAUAGUAAUAGUUCAAACAGUUAUUAUCAAGGUACCAUGCCAACUCUUUCUACUCCACCUAAUCCAAUGGCAGCUCAAGAAAACAUCCGGAAUAAUACUAUUACUAAUAAUGGUACGUAUGAUACUAGCAAUGAGACUAGUUAUAUAAAUCAGAGUCAAAUGUCAGAAGUGUCAGAUAUACCACAGCAAUCCCAAAAUACAGAAAAGAUGCAGCCAGGUAUGGGGGUUGGUGAUAUUCUGAAUCAAAUACAAAGCGUUCAUUUAAAGAAAACCACACCACCUGCUAAUUUUGCUACCAAUGAAAAAAAGUCUAAUAAUACAAAAAAACAUAUACCUCCAAAAAUUCCUUUGAAAAAGACAUAUUUAAGAUCUUCAAAUGACAAUAGUAAGAGUCCACCACAAAUUCCCAAGAAAAAACCAGUUUUAAAUAAGAUUAAUGUUCAUAAUACAGAUUGA